CUGGAAUCGACCAUGAAGGUGAGAGAUGGAAAGGAGUGUGAAUGUGCAUGGGUACAUCGGAAACCUUGGCCAUCCGAGUCGGAUUCGUAAAACAGUCUUACACUGGUACCAUAACACUCAAAGACAGUCGACGGCAGCUCCGGCUAUCUCGCAACUACCACGGUUUGCAGGCGUCUAUAUAUAAAGGGGCUGACCCACUCGACAUGCAUCAGCAACCGUACGUCGGGUCCGUCGGUAUCCUACGGGUCCAUAGCUGAAGGGUUUAAAGCCCAAACAAUGUCAAACUGGCCUCGCUAUGGUUGCCUGCAGUAACCUAAGGAUCAUUUAGCCCUGUCACUGGAAACAUACUACGCACCGCCAACCAGACGGUGCCGGGGUUGAACGUUGAACUUAGACGUUGAACGACAAGUUAGACAUACAGCUCAGGGUAUCGUUAUUUGACUGAACCCUAGAACGACUUGUCAGAUGCUCCUCCUCUGCUGAUGACCUCUCGCGCCGGUAUAAAAGCCGGAUAGGCCAACAGUACUUCCCAAGAAAUGGCAGAAUCUCUACCUCCCCCUUCUUCCGACCAAGCUUAUUGCGAUGUGUCUGCACUAGAGGCAGGAUACCUCGACUUGCGAAGCUCAGUCUUUAUCGACGACGCCGAUCCUAACGAGGUCAUUACCAGUCCAUCCCUAGGCUUCCUCCUGCGCCAUUCCAACACUGGCCACAAGUUCGUUUUCGAUCUUGGAAUCCGCAAGGACUGGGAGAAUUACCCCCCAGCCGCGGUCCAAUGGAUCCGUCAGGUCUUCCCUUCAAGGGUCCCGCAGGAUGCUAUCGAGUCUCUUCAGAACGGUGGUCUUUCCCCUUCUGAAGUAGACGUUGUCUGUCUUUCUCACGUCCACUUUGACCAUGUCGGCGACACGAGACCAUUCACUAAUAGCACUUUUCUGGUUGGAGCUCAAUCAAAGACCCUUUUCUCACCUGGAUACCCUGCCGAUCCCGAUUCCGGUUUUGCCACUGACCUCCUUCCCGAAGGUCGUACCCAAUUCCUUGAGAUGAAUGACUGGAAACCCCUUGGUCCGUUCCCACGCGCAUUGGACUACUAUGGAGAUGGUAGUCUUUACAUCACGGACGCCGUGGGCAGGCCAUUUACCUGGACACAUCAAUGUUGUAGCACGAACGUCGAAAGACGGGGGAUGGAUUCUCUUAGGCGGUGAUAGCGCUCACCAUUGGAGACUUAUCACUGGGGAAUCUAAAAUUGCCGUUGGCCGACCUGGCUUCCCAGGAGGUUGCGCACACCUUGAUGCCAAGGCUUCCGAGGAGAACCUGACGCGUAUGCGAGCCUUCAUGCAUUUGCCCAGGACACAGAUUGU